AUGAGGUUGCCACCUGGGUUGUCAGCCACUUUUUCAUCUGGUUCUACUUUAUCUUCUUCUCCUUUGGUUUGCCAUCUUCAAAAGUCUUUAUAUGGUUUGAGACAGGCUUCAAGGUGGUGGUAUGUCAAGCUGUCUCAAGCCUUAUGCUCUAGGGGAUACUCUCCUUCUCUCAAUGACUACUCUCUCUUCUCCAGAAAAUCUGAUUCUUCCACUGUCUUGUUGGCUGUGUAUAUUGAUGAUAUUAUUCUCACUAUUAAUGACUUAGCUGAAAUUACUGCAUUAAAGAGCUUUCUCGAUAAUGAAUUUAAAAUCAAAGACUUAGGAGUUCUCAACUAUUUUCUUGGGAUUGAAGUUGCAUACAUUUUUGGUGGACUGUUACUACAUCAAAGAAAAUUUAUUAAAGACCUUCUCAAAGAGUACCAUUGUGAGAAUGUUACUCAUGUUACUUGUCUUUUUGACCUGACUGUCAAGCUCAGAACAGACAUGGGGGAUCAUCUUCCUUCUCCUGAAUCCUAUAGGAGUUUGGUGGGUAAGCUCAACUUUCUCACCCACACCAGACUAGACCUGGCUUUUGCUGUACAACACCUAAGCCAAUACCUUCAAAAGCCUACCUUCUCUCACAUGCAUGCAGCCUUGCAUAUACUUAGGUAUCAUCAAGGGUCCUCUAAGGUUGGGGUGUUCAUCAGCAACUUCCUUGAUCUUUCACUUUCUGCUUAUUGUGAUAGUGACUGGGUUGCUUGCCCAGACACAAGGAGAUUAGUUACUAGGUUCUGCAUUCUAUUAGGGGGCGCUCACUUACUGCUGGUCGGAUUGCUUUCUGACUUUGGUAUUCCUGUUUCUGUUGCUAUCCCUAUCUUAUGUGAUAAUCAAACAGUCAUUCACAUUGUCAAGAACCUUGUAUUUCAUGCGAGGACCAAACAUAUUGAGGUAGAUUUCUAUUUUAUUCGGGCAAAGCUUCAUGAGGGGUUGAUUGCCUUGAAUCAUGUUCCUACUACUUCUCAGUUGGCUGAUGUUUUUACCAAGCCUUUGACAGGCCUUGCUCAUCAUUCCUUAUUGCUUAAGCUGGGGGUUCAGUCACCCUUCACCUUGAAGGGGGUGUUGGAGUUGAGCAAAAGUUAG